CUUUAGUGUACUUGAGACUCAGGAUACGGCGGGACUUCUACCUAGCACCACUCGACCAUGUGUGACGACGACGUAAGCCCACUGGUUGUGGACAAUGGCUCUGGCAUGGUCAAGGCCGGCUUCGCUGGUGACGACGCUCCCCGCGCCGUCUUUCCCUCCAUCGUCGGCCGUCCUCGUCACCAGGGUGUGAUGGUCGGUAUGGGUCAGAAGGACGCCUACGUCGGCGAUGAGGCCCAGAGCAAGAGAGGUAUCCUGACUCUCAAGUACCCCAUCGAGCACGGCAUCAUCACCAACUGGGACGACAUGGAGAAGAUCUGGCAUCACUCCUUCUACAACGAGCUGCGUGUUGCCCCUGAGGAGUCCCCAGUCCUCCUGACGGAGGCUCCCCUCAACCCCAAGGCCAACCGUGAGAAGAUGACACAGAUCAUGUUCGAGACCUUUGCUACACCUGCCAUGUACGUGGCCAUCCAGGCCGUGCUGUCCCUGUACGCCUCUGGUCGUACCACAGGUAUCGUGCUGGACUCUGGUGAUGGAGUAUCCCACACUGUCCCCAUCUACGAGGGUUAUGCUCUUCCCCACGCUAUCCUUCGUCUUGACCUGGCUGGCCGGGACUUGACUGCCUAUUUGAUGAAAAUCAUGACAGAGAGAGGCUACUCCUUCACCACCACAGCUGAGCGAGAAAUCGUUCGAGAUAUUAAAGAAAAGCUUUGUUACGUUGCUUUAGAUUUCGAGAGCGAAAUGAACGUUGCCGCAGCUUCCUCAUCCCUUGAAAAGUCCUAUGAGCUUCCUGAUGGUCAGGUCAUCACCAUCGGCAACGAACGUUUCCGUGCUCCAGAGUCGCUUUUCCAGCCUUCCUUCCUGGGCAUGGAAUCUGUCGGUAUCCAUGAGACCGUCUUUAAUUCCAUCAUGAGGUGCGACAUUGAUAUCAGGAAAGACUUAUUUGCCAACAAUGUUUUGUCUGGUGGUACCACCAUGUACCCUGGUAUUGCUGACCGCAUGCAGAAGGAAAUCACAGCUCUGGCUCCCUCCACCAUCAAGAUCAAGAUCAUUGCUCCUCCCGAGCGUAAGUACUCCGUCUGGAUCGGUGGCUCCAUCCUGGCCUCUCUCUCCACCUUCCAGUCCAUGUGGAUCACCAAAGAAGAAUAUGACGAAUCUGGGCCUGGUAUAGUCCACCGCAAGUGCUUCUAAACUAACAAGUCCUUGAAUAUUCUUCUAAUUUUCCCUUAUAUUUUUGUUAUGUAACUGGCGAAAUACUAUACUUAUUUUUGAUGAACCUAAGACUGAAUUUCAAAUAUAAUAACUGUAUUCAAAUUAUUAUAUGUAUUGCAAUCUACUGCACUAAUAUUUGUAAUUUUUCCAUGCUGCAUAUCUCUGUAAUCUUUGUACGGAAUUAAUAUUUGGUCAAUCUUGAACGUUGUUUCUCUUUGUAAUUCUUGAACGCUGUUAACUAUCGUAAUUCGCAACCUUCGCUAGGACACCAAUAAAUAAAACGCUACGCAUAUA